AAUUGAUGCGGAUUGUGACAAGUUUACUCUCUGUAGUAGUCAACAUUUCCGCUGCUGUCAAGAUCUAAAUGAGCAGUCAUGCUCAAAUGUGGAUGCAUGCGUUGAAAGUUGAAAUACUUAGCUCAUGCAACCGUUACAAAAAAAAAAAAGAAACAUAAAUUGCUCUAGUGAACGUGUAACAAUGGCAUCCAAGAUUUGUUCAUUCUUUUGCCACAGUUGCAUCUCGACUGCCUGGUGACGCGGUAGAAUAUUGGAAGAGCCAUAGCCAUGGCUUAUUGUAGUCUUACUGGUUCGCCGCAACGCUUUGCAAAUUGCUUAUCAAAUUUCCCACUCCAGGAUCUACUGAUCCUUAAAAAGUCUGUGCAAUUGAUGAGGAGUGCUGAGGAGGAUGAGUUGUCUCCUGAUGAUUCUGGUAGCUGCAACGAUACUCCAAAUGCUCCACAACGAAUGGCUUUAAUGGCUGCUGAACGUGGUGAUCACAGUGGCCCGUCACAGCCCUGGCAGCAAUCAGGUGGUCAUAUGUCCUCUUGGACGGAGGAGAAACCAUCAAAGUUGCAGACAUUGUUUCAGAUAAGCAUCACUGCACUCGCUUUUCUAUCGUUUGGCGGCUAUUUGCUGUGUCUCAUUGUUCAGGCUAUCAAGAGCAAAGGCACGACCUAUUUCCAUCCUGUGGCCACAGCAACAACAACUUCAAGCAAUGGCAAUGUGAAGCGUAUUAAGAUUUAUAGGCGUAGUAAACGAAGUCCUGGUGCAGCAAACGAUGUUUCCAAUUUACUCUUACCAGACUAUGCUUCCUAUAUGAAAUCUAUACGUGAACGAAGAUCGCGCUAUGCUCACCUGGUUGGAUCGUAA